AUGUUGAACUCUAUUCAGCGGCUGCUGAACUUCGAUGGCUGCACCAACCCACAGUUCAGCAGCCCCGACGGCCUUGGGCAGGUGGGCGUAGCGGGCUUCUUGACAGGGCUCGUGUUCGGCGUGCACCUCUCCAUUGCCGGCUGCUGCCUGGCCAUCAACGGGCUCGUUCUAUCGCGCUUGCUUCAGUGGAGCCUCUACUCGUGCUCUCUGUCCUUCUUCCACUUCUCGGAGUUCUUCGUGACCGCGGUCUUCAAGCCAGACAUCGUCUCGUACAACUCCUUCGUACUCAACCACAGCAAGGAGUACACGGGGGCGCUGCUGGCGAGCUGGGCGGAGUUCGGCCUAGAGGCCUUCCUGUUGCCGGAGCUGAAGCGCCAACCGGCCGUCGUCGCCGCCGGCGUCGCGCUGGCCCUGAUCGGGCAUUGGUUCCGCGUGGGGGCCAUGUGGACGGCGGGCUCGAACUUCAACCACGAGAUCAUGCAAAGAAGAGAAGAAUCGCACCAGCUCGUUACACGCGGAGUGUACCGGUUCCUCCGACACCCCAGCUAUUUCGGGUGGUUCUGGUGGAGCCUAGGCACCCAGCGGCGGCGACUGUCGGCGAGCAGCCGUGUGGAGGUUAUGGGGGGGGCGGGGUCCGUCGUAGACAGGCCUUUGGUGCUAUGCACAUGUGACUUAAUCGCAGCCUAG